GUUAAGCCUAUGUAUCCUCGGUGGCUUCUGGCUGGUUGCGUAGUGCUUUUAGUUCAAGCUGAUGGGAAGCCAGGCUUACGUGCAGGAACUUCUUCGAGAUCCAAGCAGCCAGAUGUCCUAGAUCUCCCGCGGAACGACAGUGGCAUCCCGAGUCUCCAAGGAUGCUUGCAGAGGCUCUCGAGCGAGUACUACAGCACCUACCCAGUGGGCGCUCCUCGUGGAGCUCUACCGCUCCCGGCUCCGGGUGGAAGGCCAUGGCCCGUUCUGCCCAAGAGGAGGAUGCGAAUUGGCACGGGAGAGCUCACUUUGCAGGUGAGCUUCCGGCGACUCCAGAGGAGUGCUCAGGGCUCUAGCCCAGAAGAUGACAUGCCGCUGACUCAGCCGACCGGCAACAGUCCAGUCACAGGUAGCGCGCGGUUGAACUUUGAGCUGCGCCUGCGUGAAGUGGCUGCGUCUGACAGUCGACCAGAUCCGGUGAGUACGUUGGCAGACCGCCUCCAUGGUGUCACAACUCUCGAAGAGCUGUCUGCCAUCCUAGAGCCUGCAGACUUGUUUACCAAUUGUCAAGACUCCCAAGCUUUGCAUAGGACCAUCUCGUGCAUUUUGACGCAGAUAGUGGAGGAGAACCAAGCAGACGUAGGUGAAGUCGGGCAAGAUCCCAGGUUUGAGUUGCGGCUGUUGCUCCCAAGCCCGAUGUUCCAUGCUGUCCGCACAGUCGCAAAGCAACAAGGCUGGUCCGCAGAGGCUUUGUGCCAGCCAAAGUUUUUGCGGCACUGGUACGUUGCGAGGCCACCGCAACAACCUGUUCAACUUUGGUCGCACAGGCCUAUCCAGUAG